AUCUUACAAGGAAGCUGUAAAUCCUUUGUAAUGGCCAACAAGAAAGAACCUCCUUUUUUCAAUGAAGAUAACAUGGGACCGUUUCACUACAAGCUUCCUUUUUAUGAAACCAUGGAGCUCUUCAUUGAAACGCUCACAGGAACAUGCUUUGAACUGCGAGUUUCCCCCUUUGAGACAAUUAUUUCUGUGAAAGCUAAAAUUCAAAGACUGGAAGGUAUUCCUGUCUCUCAGCAGCACUUAAUUUGGAAUAAUAUGGAACUGAAGGAUGACUAUUGUUUGAAUGAUUAUAACAUUUCAGAAGGCUGCACUCUGAAGUUAGUUCUGGCUAUGCGAGGUGGACCUAUUAACACUAGAAGAGUUCCUGUGGAAGACCCUAUCAGGGAAAUGGCUGAGUACAUGGAUCCCACUAGAGAUGAGGUCUGGGAGAAAGGGCCACCCAACAAACAAGUCACCUUCUUAGUGUAUCGAGAAGGAGAUCAGUUGAAUUUCUUCCGUGUAGUAGACCGGGGAGACGGCACUUUAACACCAUUGUCUGAAUCUUUGAGUGGUGGCUCAGUUUAUAAUUUAUAUGCUGAUGAUGAAGAUGAGACAGAGGCAUCGCCUUCUGGCCAACAAAUUAUUGAGAAUUCAAUUACUAUGAAUAAAAUGAAACUGCUCAAAGCAAAGAUGGAGAACAUGAAUCUGAGUAAAAAGCCUAAGAAAACAGUCAAGGUGAAGGCUCGUCCUCCUGUGGCCCCGCGACCAUCUAGUGGCUCAGUGGCUGCUGCUCGUCACCGGUUUUUAAGAGUGCUCCCACAUAUUGGACAGUCCUGCCUACCUCCUGCUGGGAAUUCAUAUCACUUGGAGCCUUCCCAAAAUGCACUUUCAGCAUUGGCUACUUUGGCCACUGCUGGUAGAACAAUGCCAUCCACAACUAAUAACUUCAUUAAAGAUGAUCACACUUGGCAGAACACCUCUUGGUCUCAGUCGGUUGGUAGCAUCAGGUUACCACCGAAAAUAUCUCGUGUGGAACUGGAAAAUGCAAAACUGCCUACAAAUAGUAUUCUGACUCCUGUUUCAUCUCUGCCUGCAAAUUCAGAAAAAGCAUCUGGAAAGGUGACCCCAACAAGUGAGGAGGAUGCUGUGUUGUUUCCAAACCUAACAAGUGUAGAGCCAUAUGGAACAGAAGAAAAACUUGUACCCGAAACAGAUGCUUUUGCUUUGUUAACAGAAGCAAGCACCACUGAACAGCGUGGUGAGGUAUAUGACACAGGAAAGGUGAGCUCAGAACUUGAACUGUCUGAUGGAGAUGAAGAAUCUAAGGUUGUAGAGCAGCAUAGAAAACCCAUUAGCAAAGUGCUGAGCACUGCAGCAAUGGGGGCUGGUCUUCUCAGUACCUGUGAAUUAAGUCCUCAGAAAAAUCUGCUUUUGUCACCUCUUCGGUAUUCGGCGCCAGUGGCACGUCACAGUUCUCUGAAACCACAAGCACAACCCAAAUGCUUUGAGGCUGGUAACUUGAGGUCUGCAGCCUCCCCAAACAUGCUUCGAUCAUUGGAAGUCCGUAGCAUAGCAGACUCCUCUUUUUCUAGGACUACUAGGUUUCACAGUGUGAAAGUAGAGUCACUUGGCAAAAAACCUGAUGUAAUUUCUAAAGCAGAGGCUAGGGGCAUCACAGAUGUGGCUGACAAGACAUCCAAAGAACCUGUGAGUUCUGUAAGUAACUUAGGAUUUUUGGCUUCGCUGGCCCGAAGCACAAACAGGGAAAGUUUACAGAGUUCCUGUGGGACAGGCAGGUUUCAGACUUCAGGUAUUGCACUACCUACAAACCUGCAGCAUUUUCAGGACGAAAGGUUUAGGAAAACUGCUCCUCCAAACGAAGCUGCUGAAUAUAUUCUAUCUGCACAUGGGCUUGGAAUGAAUGGAAGUAUGGCAGCCGUAGGGAAAAGAGUAGCAGGUGAAGCAACCCAUCUUCCACCUGUGAAUGGCUCAAUUCAAGUGAAAAAGAAAAUUACAAAGCAUUGCUUUCUUUGUGGCAAGAAAACGGGAUUAGCAACCAGCUAUGAAUGCAGAUGUGGAAACAACUUCUGUGCAACGCACCGCUAUGCAGAGACUCACGCCUGCACCUACGACUAUAAGAGUGCAGGGCGAAGGUAUUUGCAGGAGACCAAUCCCGUCGUCAGUGCACCAAAGCUUCCCAAAAUCUAAUGUGGUUCUGCUGCAUGUGGCUGUUCUGCCAUUGAAGAAUUGUAUUACACUGAGAGAAGCUCUUGCUUAAACUGCAUAAUUUUGCCAUGCUCCAUAUUUAAAGAUUUGCCAAGUAACAAAAGCACAUGAGGAUGCAUCCUAUCGAAGAACAGUGUGAGCACUACUGCUGUUAAAACUUUUCUUCUUUAGUGAAUGGAAAGUUAAAUAUUAAUUUUUAAAAACUUACACUAUGAAUUAACUGUUACUGCACGUCUUGUGUUGUGUUUUAUAUUUGGAAAAGCUAUUUCACUAGACAAGUCUUUAAAAGAUGCACUUUACUAACUUUAUUUACUGUAUAAGCAGACUUGAGGGGUUGUUAUAAUGAGGAUGUCAUGUAGUGUCUUGCGUUUUUUUUGUCC